AUGGCAACGCAACUCAUUGCUCUGCCGGCUGUAGAGCGUCUCAGUCCUACUUGCAUACGCAUACUGGGCGGCAAUCCAGGCAAAUUCACUCUCCAGGGCACAAACACUUACCUGCUUGGCACAGGCCGAAGUCGACUUCUCAUCGACACGGGCGAGGGGCGCAAGGCUUGGAUCACUUCGGUUCGCGAAACACUGCAGCGGGAAAAUGCAACUAUCGACACUGCCUUGAUCACGCACUGGCACCAUGACCAUACUGGUGGUAUCAAAGAUCUCCUGAGCACCUCGCCUCAGACGAGAGUCUACAAGCACACUCCCGAGGAUGGACAGCUAGACAUAAAGCAUGGCCAGCGUUUUGAAGUCGAGGGUGCGACCUUGACAGCUACAUAUACGCCAGGACACACUAAGGAUCAUGUUGUGUUCGUGCUUGAGGAGGAAGAUGCAAUGUUUACUGCUGACAAUGUCCUCGGCCAGGGCACAGCUGUUUUUGAGGAUCUGGUCAUAUACCUACAGAGUCUUGAAGAGAUGAAACCUCUGUUCAAAGGCCGAGCGUAUCCCGGGCAUGGACCAGUCAUAGAGAAUGGGCCAGCGAAGAUUGCGGAAUAUAUCGCACACCGAAGACAGCGAGAAGAACAAGUUAUUCGGACACUAAAAACGGGACCCGGAGACGUAGAGACGAAUGACCCUGCGUCAUGGUCGGCGUGGUCGGCAAUGGAUUUGGUUGAAGUGAUCUACAAGGAUGUACCAAGGGCCCUUUAUCCAGCUGCUUGCAGCGGCGUUUUGCAAAUUCUGGGCAAGCUAGAAGGCGAGGGUCGUGUGGCUCAUGAAGGUGAGAAAUGGAGGAUGAUUGCGGACAGUCGGUCAUCGCUAUGA